AUGGCCUCUCCGCCUGAUCCCCUUGUUAAACCGGCCUACAUCCUUUCAAUACCACACCUGGAGGCUGUGGAGAACUGCAUCUUGGGUAUCGCUCUUCGUCUCAUCUUGCUUGGCCGUGUAGAUGCUGCUCGCGAUUUUGUAGAGCUCUUCUACUCUCGUCCAGCACUCCAGAAUCUUGAAUUUGCGGGCAUGCGCGCCAUGGUGCCGUAUUGGCGCAAGACUCAUUUUCCCGCCGGCUUUCCCGAAAAGAUGAAGACAGAUGCCUACAUUAACGAAUACCUAAACUUGAAAGAUCGAGAAGGUCUACAAUGGCCCCAUUAUGUCCUGCAAGACCAGCGCACCGAAGACGAAGCCGGCAUUACUGCAAUCAUGUCGCCCGAAAAUGAUCACCCCAGCUCUUACAGGACGCAAGCCCCUAUAGUUGCUCUAGACCUUGCUGUCAAGUUGGCCGAGGAACGCGGUUUUGAUCCUUCCGCCGAUGCCAAGGUCCAUGAGAUUUUGGUGUCCCUUUUAGAACGCAUCUCCAACAAAUGGGAGGAUUGUUAUCUGGUCGAUUCUCCUCGUUGUGUACCGGUGUUCAUGUCCGGGGCUUUGGCCAAGAUAUGGGGACUGUCUGCUCAGGAACUUGACUCUCGAGCCGCCAAACUCCUUGAGGCAUCCCGACAGCGAUAUUGGCAUGGUCCGUCACCCCAAGGUCCCGACUCCAUGUCUGAGCUGCUUCAGUCGUGCAACGACGAUUCAGUGGCGAAAUCAGACUCGUUCUGUGAUGAGAUGGAUCAGGAACAACCCACUUCGCUCUACAAAGCACCCGCCACAGAACAGCAAAUUUCGGAUCUGGAACAAAGGCUCAACAUAACUCUCCCUGAUGAUUUCAAGACCUUCCUGCGUAGUAGUAAUGGGUUUGGAGGCAUCUGGAAUGGCUACUUCCCUGGUCCGCCUCUUCGCUCCACGGAUGAGAUCGACUGGCUCGACUACAGUGAAUACGAGCUUGUGUUUGAUCAACUAUCUCAUCCUUGGCUCGCCAACUACCAGAAAGAUCUUCCAACACACGGCGAAGAGUUUCCUGAGCCUCCCAUCUUCACCAAUGUUAUCUGUGUAGCCAGCGAAGACAUCGAUGAUGUAUGGCUUAUCCCUCCUCAAAUGAUGCAACAGAUGCGUGAACACUACAAGAAGGUGUACGAGAUGUUGAAUGACGACGGGAAACGAAUCAUCGAGCGGUCUAUCGAUGACUUUGCUGGCAGCUGGGAUGAAUGGGAAACGCUGGACUGGGGAUGUGUCUAUUGGGCAUGCGGCGGCUCUGCUACAUUGAUCUGCUUCAAGAGUUUCAAGGCUUGGCUGGAGGACCAGGCUUGGGAUGUGAAGGACAGAGAGUGA